UUGUAGUAAGAAAAAUGGGAAAACAGAACAGCAAACUCAAACCUGAAGUACUGGAGGAUCUUAGACAAAAUACUGAAUUUUCUGAUGCGGAAAUUCAGGAAUGGUACAAAGGCUUCCUGAAAGACUGUCCAAGUGGACACUUAAGUGUUGAAGAGUUUAAGAAGAUAUAUGGGAACUUUUUCCCAUAUGGGGAUGCAUCAAAGUUUGCAGAACAUGUAUUUAGAACAUUUGAUGCGAAUGGAGAUGGGACUAUAGACUUCAGAGAAUUUUUAUGUGCACUUUCUGUCACAUCUCGAGGAAAACUUGAGCAAAAACUAAAAUGGGCAUUCAGUAUGUAUGAUUUAGAUGGAAAUGGGUACAUUUCCAGACAAGAAAUGUUAGAAAUUGUGACAGCAAUCUACAAAAUGGUUGGCUCUGUAAUGAAAAUGCCUGAAGAUGAGUCAACACCUGAAAAAAGAACAGAUAAGAUUUUUCGUCAAAUGGAUAAAAAUAAGGAUGGCAAACUUUCAUUAGAUGAGUUCAUUGAAGGGGCAAAAAGUGACCCGUCCAUUGUCCGACUACUGCAGUGUGAUCCACAAGCACAGUGAGAGGAUUGGUAGAUGGUAACUGAACUUCUGAGGCUUAUAUCAUCAGAAUUGUGCUUAAUUCUGUGCUUGGUCAUGUGCCCAAUCUUGAACAUGGGCUUUGGUACAAAGAUUAUAACAGACUGAGUUCAGUAAAGAAGAGGGCUGCAAAAGAAGUCCAUUGUUGAAUCAUGUCAUACAUGAAAAUGAUAAUGAACUUCUAACUUCAUUCACAUAAAGUUCUGCCAUUGAAUUGGAAGCAGGUGAACUGUGUUAGUGUGAUUUUGAAGUUUUAUUUAAAUGGAUGGGCGCAGUAUUGCAUGUAAGUGGCACAGUGGCCUGUGUGGCAGAUGGUUUGUGUCAAUUCCCUCUUUAUUCUGAUCAAGUUAGAAUAUGUGAAAAUUCUAUCAGUAAUAUGUUUUAAAUAAAUUGUUCAUUACAUGCAUAUUCUUUGCACACAUGUGCAUGUAUGUCAACAGUUUUUAAAAUAAAAUGACAUUCCUUGAUACUCCUUCAAUGAUAUAGCUCUGUUUUUUUUGUAUUUGAUGUCUUUCUGACUUGAAUUAAUUCACAAAUCUUUGAAUUUUGGAAAUUAUCAUUGUAUGAAUGUCAUCUGUGCACCUUUAGUUUUCUUGCAUCUGUGUAGUUAUACUGAACUUCUUAAGAAAGCUUAACUGAACAGCUGUGAGUUAUGAAUAGUCUGAAGCAUUGUUGUCUUAUUGGCUGUCAAUUAUGUAAUAGUUCAACUUCAAAUAAAUGUUCAGGUACUUCUGCCUCUCAA